AGUGCUUCCCCUCGCUUGCGUUCAAGAACAUGACGCAAUAAUGGCAGAAGGAGUACAAGAGUGAGUAAAGAGAGGAGAGAAGGAAGACUGAGACGUGGAGGCAAGUGGACGGACGGGCAGUCAGAUCGGCGGAAAGAUCAAACAUUUACAAAAUAGCCAACAAAAGCACUUCCUGUGGAUUUGCUCUGAGAAGAUAACUCCACAAGUGAACCAGCUCAUAAAGUAGUGAGGACUGCGAAUCCCAAAGUUCUACAAACCAAAGAUUCUUCAAUUCCCCCCCCUAAAUGGCGUCAGACCUCUCCAUCUCCGCUGCCCCCCCCAGCUCCCCUCCACCUCUCCUCUCGCCUCCUCUCCUUUCUCACCAGUCAAACCAGAUCGGCAUCUCCAUCCUGGUCCUAGCAUUCGUCUUCGGUUUCCCCGGUAACCUCUUUGUUGUGUGGUCGGUGCUGUGCCGUGUGAGGCAUCGGUCAGUUACUUGCCUACUCGUCUUAAACCUCGCUGUGGCCGACGCGUUGGUGUUGCUAAGCUCCCCGCUUUUCCUGCGCUUUCUGGCAGGCGGGCGAGGCUGGGAGUUCGGGGCGGUGGCCUGUAAAAUGGUACACUACCUGUGCUGUGUCAACAUGAACGUGUCCAUCUACCUGAUCAGCCUGAUGAGCUUGGAUCGCUGGCUGGCCGUCGCAAGGCCAUUCCUGGCCCAGAGGAUGAGGACCAAGAAAACCCUGAGGGCUGUUCUACUGGGGAUCUGGGUGCUGGCUUUCGUCUUGGCACUGCCCAUGGCCUUCUAUCGCAGUAACCUGAAGCUGCACAUGAACAGCUCCGUGACCGUCUGCAUGUCGUACCACUGGAAAAGUGUGGGUCACCAGGUGUUCCAGUACCUGUUUGAGACCGUCCUGGGCUUCUUCCUCCCCUUCACUUUCAUCAUCGUCUGCUACACCUCCGUCAUCUGUGGACUACGCAGGGCCAUGUUCCAGCACAAGGGACGGGGAAACCGUCUCAUCCUCCUCAUCAUCGGCACCUUCGCUCUCUUCUGGCUGCCCUACCACGUGGUCAACAUCUUACAGGUGAUUGGUCUACUUGGUGGUAACGACACUCUGUUUAAAGCAGCCGCGGUGGCCCGUCCCAACGUCACAGCGCUCGCUUUCCUGAGCAGCAGCGUGAACCCUGUGCUGUACGUGUUCGCUGGCAGCUCCCACAUCCGCCAGGCCGGCCUCAGCUUCAUGGCCAAGCUCUUCGAGGGCACCAACAUUGAGGGAGGGACCUCUGCCUCCUUUACCCGCAGCACAAAGUCCAGCCGGAGUGGUUCCUCGGCCCCGCUGUCACUCAAGCUGGGGCGGUCGGGGAAGGGGAAGGGGAAGGAGGGGGAUGGGAAUAGUGUGACGGAGCUGCAGGAAGCUGAGGUCAAGGUUAAAUCCAAGCCGGAGCUCAAGACUUUGACCUCCAAUGAUCAGUUGGAGUAGUGUUACUUUUUGUGGCCUACUGUACUAGUCAUAGGUUUACCGUAUUUAAUGUAUUUCGCAGAUCUUUGAUACAAUUUGUGCUUUAUAGCUAGUGUUUGUGGUUGCCUCCAUGCAAUUUCUGGAUAAUAAUAUUAUAAAAUAUCCUUAAAGUUUUAACCUGUUAACAAAUCGAGUCAAUGGCUGUGCCAAUGGCUAGUUGAGCAAAUUGAAGUGUUUUCUUCUCAUGCAUAAUGCAAGGCAUUAUCACUGGGAUAUGAGGUAACAACAGGGCCUUGCCUAUGUUAAGUGUUUUAAAAAGUACAGAAGUGUUUGUUAGGCAUUUAGCCUGUGUUUAAAAUAUGCUUAUAUUAUUUAAAGAGAAAAAAGUGAUUGUAAUUCUGUUAAGUGUUUGGGAAAUAAAGAUAGACAUGGUUUUAAAAAGGUAGUGGUGAUAUUUUAUUCAGUACAUAAUUUUUUAGGCAGCUUUACUUGCCACUUCCUGCGGCUCAACUUACACCAUACAUACCCAGGGUAAGUUGUGCCAAAAUAACACUUUUUUUUUUAAUACAAGCUAUAUUUUCAAAACUGUAAUAUUUACAUGGAUUAUGAUUAUUUCCAAGGAUAUACAACAUCCUGAAAAGUAUAGUGAUAUCUUUGUUAGAUAGAAUACUAUAUUUACCUUGACGGAUUGAUACUGAAUGUAAAAAACGCCUCAACUUAUCCCAAUGAUUUGAGCUGUGUUUGGAAAUUCAAAUUUGCAUGAUGAUCUCAUUAUUAUCAUCAUAGUUAAUUAUUGCAAAAUAUCUGGGCAGGCGAAGCAGUGUGGAACAGUUGCCAGCUAUUAAUGAACACAGAUUCUAAAACAUCACAUACAGUGACUAACUUUAACAAACAUAGCAUACUAUAACAAACAAAUAACUUUGUACUUUAGGUGUCAAUAGUAAGUUGGAGUGGGGUAAGUUGAGCAAGUCUUUACAUUCAGCAUCACUACAUCAAGGGAAAUACUAUAUUAUUCCUAACAAAGAUAUCUACAUAUAUUUCAAAAUGUUUUGUACCCUUGGAAAUAAUCAGAAUUCAUGUAAACAUAACAGUUUUGAAAACAUAGCCUUUCCAGAAAAAGAGUAGUCACUUGGCACAACUUACCCUGGGUAUGGGGUAAGUUGAGCAUUGGGACAGGGUAAGUUGAGAUGCCCUGGGGAUAGUGGGUGAUGGUGCUGGUAGGUCAACGUUUAGAGAAGUAUGCAAAUAAAAUUGUAUUGGUCACAUACACAUGGUUAGCAGAUAAUAUGGUUAGCAGUUAAUGCGAGUGUAGCGAAAUGCUUGUGC